AUGACAUUGUUGAUUCUCCUAACCACUCUUCACUUGGCUUUCGCCAAUCAUGCAACAUUGAUUGAACAUCCGUUAUAUGCAGUGGAUCUGUUUCUUCAUUGUAGUAUAAAACAAGAUUGGGGAAUUAAAUUGUUUUUCACAAAUGGUCUCGAUAAUCUACGAGUUCAACAUGAAAAUCAUACUAUUUUGGGUUCGAAUUGGUUCAAUAAAUCAUAUAUUUUAGAAAAAAAGGUGAGUUCAUUAUGAGAGUUGAUUUUAAAAAGUUUUAUAUAUUCAGCCAACUGUGGGAGAUAUAAGUCAAGUUGAUAUUCGUCAUACUUGUAAUGAUGAAGACAAGGGUCCUUGGAGAAAAGUUCGAAGAAAUCUAAAUGAAGAUUACACCGAUUUGAGAAAUUUAGGAACUUGGAUUCGAAAGGGAUAUGUUGAUCCACAUUUGAGACCCUUGCCUGUCGAUUUUUCCUUGAAGUGUGAUGUUAAACUUGACUGGACUGUUGAAAUAAGCUAUAAAAAUGAUUUUGAUGUUGGAAAUAGCCGCAGAGAAACUAUUGAAGUUGAAAAUUCCCAUCAAUUUAAUUUCACGCGUAGUUUUAACAAAAACGUAAGUUAGGAAAUGUUUUUCAACAAAACAAAAACCAAUAAUAAUACCACAUCAGUUUUAGCCAACUCAUAUUGGAUUCACUCACAAUUGUACUUCAAAUCCUAACAAGGAUACAUUGGUUGUUGAAAAAACCGAAUUUAAACGAUAUUUUGAUUUGACUGAUAGAGGUGUAUAA